AUGUCUAAGCUACAUAAGCCAUUUUUUAGCCGUAGGCUGGUCGAUUAUCUACUGAUUGUCGGCACGGAAGAAACCACUUAUGAUGUUUUCGGCACGGCCAAUACCAUCCAUCAUCCACAAUUAUUACGACGCUUUCCACCACAAGAUUAUCCUGAUUUUUAUUUACCGCCUGAUGUGGUCUAUUUUUGCCAACCAGAAGGGUAUACCAGUUCUAUUGGCAACCAACAAUUAGGCAAUAAAGAGGCUACAUCUUUUAUCUUUACCUUAACUGAAAAAGAUUCUGGUAUGCGCCGUUAUGGUGUAUCGGUCAAUUUCUAUCAAACAUUUAAUCAACCAUUGCAACUCCCUCAUGAUAAUCAUCCAUCGCAAGCCAAUGACAACGAUAGCUCUUCUCCUCGUCAACCACAACGCCAGAAUAAAACUUUCUUAAUUUCUCUUUGUAUUAUUUCACAUCAUGCAUUUUUCACAUCCUUUCGUAAAUGUAUUAAUAUCUUGCGUGAGAUCAUUGAUACACAUCCUGUAUGUCAUCAAGAUGGAAAUAGCUCACAACUAUGGCUUCCAUUAAUUCAGGCUAGUCCUAAUCAAGGUAGUCAAUAUGAUCAAGUUGUUGAAGAGAUUGAAGCUUGGAUAGAACGAUUUUUAAAAUCGCCUACACCCAUUCCUGGACAAACUAGAGUGGAAAUUGAGCUAUUGGAUAAGCAUCAUUCACCAAUUGUUCUUGCAUUACCCAAUUCAAGCCGAUUUACUUUAACGGAUUUCCCAGUCCACUUGCCGGUCGAGUUAUUAGGCGUUGAAACCUUUAUACGCGUUUUUACCUGCAUGCUAUUGCAACAUAAGUACAAUCGUUGA